UGUCAUAACAUCACGACACACAUCAGGCUUUUGGUGGGAAAAUGAGUUCGCCUGUGUGCUUAAUUUUCUUAAAAUUUAAAGUAUUUAUAUGUAUUUUCUGAGGUUAAUUGUGACAUCAAAGUACGCGACUAUGUGUCAAUUACAUAGCAGUUUAAAGGAUUCUUUCACAGCAGCACUUGGGGUGUGUUAAAAUCACAGGACUAAUCGGGAAAAGUUCACUCUGUCUAUUGUUUGCUAGCGUGCUAACACGUUAGCCAACGCUGUGUCGCUGAAUAGAAACAAACUAUUUUCGUCACUUUUCGGGGCUAAAGUUGCCCCGACUGAGAGGACGCUGUCUGUGAUUUAUGUUUUCAUAAAACAUAAACUAUCAAGCUUACAGGGGCGAGGCAAGCGCCCGGUAGUUAAAUUCACCCCCUCACUUGCUAAUUAGUGCAAAACCUGUGAGGAAUCAACAACAACAACAUGCCAGAAAUCAAGCUCAAGCACGUCGUGUCCUGCAGCACAGAAGACACUACUCACAAGGCAGACAACCUGCUGAGCUCUGACACCUACAGAAAGUGGAAAGCAGCAAGACCAGGGGAGAAGCAGACAUCAGUCAUUCUGCAGUUCGAGAAGGAGGAACAGGUGCACAGCAUUGAUAUCGGAAAUGAAGGCUCGGCUUUCAUUGAGGUGUUAGUUGGGAAUUCCUCAGCUGUCAGAGACCAGGACUAUGAGGUCCUUCUGGUUACGUCUUCCUUCAUGUCACCAACGGAGAGCCGUAAUGGUACCAACAUGAAUCGGGUACGUUUCUUUGGACCCAGCCAGUUGCAAAAGAGCACAGCACAGGAGAAGUGGGACAGAGUGAAAAUUGUGUGUAGCCAGCCAUACAGCAAGAACAUAGCAUAUGGACUGGCCUUUGUUAAAUUCCAUUCACCACCAGACAAAAAUGAUCCUCCUCCAGCAACUUCCCCAAAACUGACAAAGCUGGGACAGUUCAAGGUGAAGGAUGAGUCUCCUUCAUCUGGACCCAGCCUUCAACCUGGCAGCCUCUUCUUCAGCCGGGACAAUGCUUCAAAAUCCAGUGCUUCACUCAAAGUCUCUCCUCAGGGUGAGAGGCUAAGUUAUGCUUCUGCUGCCCUGCAGGCUGGUGGCUUGUCUCACUCGUCAGGCCAAGCCGCCUCCUCCAACUCUGCCUCACCACAGCCUCCAGCAAAAAGAAAAUUUGAGUUCAGCAAAGAGCGGCAGUCUGCUCCUGGCCCUCCUCCUUCAAAGAAAAUAAGCCCAGCUGGCUCACCUGAGGGCAAAGCUGCAACCCCCAAACACAAGCCGAGCCCAGCCAGCACACCCAGCCCCGGUGCUGCAAAAGCUUCCCUGGCACAGAAGUCUGCUGACAAGAGGAGGGAGAAUCAGUCCAAACCCGAACCCAAACAACAGAAAGCAAAAUCCCAGGAUGUGCAGCAGGUCCCAUUCAAUCGGAUCAUGCAGGGAGUGGUGUUUGUCCUCAGUGGCUUCCAAAACCCAUUCAGAGGGGAGCUGAGGGAAAAGGCUCUGGAUAUGGGAGCCAAGUACAGGCCUGACUGGACGCCAGACUCCACACACCUUAUCUGUGCCUUCGCCAACACUCCCAAGUACAGCCAGGUGAAAUCAGCAGGGGGCAUCAUCGUACGGAAAGAAUGGGUGAUGGACUGCCAUAAGAGGAAACAGAAGAUCUCCUAUAAACGGUAUUUGAUGGAUGGAGCAGAGUCGAGCUCGGAGAGCGAAAUGGAAGUGGACGACCAGAGUGAAGAGGAAAUGAACACAAAAACUCCACAGAAGCAGGACAGACAAGUCACCCCUAAAAAGACACCAGAAAAGAGGAAAGAAGAUGAUGACGAAUACGAUGGUUCCACUGAUCUGGAUGAACCAGGAGGUGAUGAUGAUGAAUCUGCCGUGGACACAGAGGAUGAGCUGCAGAGAGUGGAGAAGGGGAAUAGACAGAAGAAAGCAGCAGCAGAAGUGAAGACGGUGAAAGAGGAGGAUCCUUACGGGGGGUCGACGGAUGAAAACACAGACGCUGAGGCUGAAGAGGAUCAUCCCAUCCCUGAGCUACCAGACUUCCUGAGUGGAAAGCACUUUUUCCUCUACGGUAAAUUCCCUAACAACGAGAGGCGCCUUCUGUUGCGAUACAUCGUUGCCUUUAAUGGAGUGAUCGAGGACUACAUGACAGAGAAGGUGCAGUUUGUGGUGACCAGUGAGGGGUGGCAUGAUUCUUUUGAAGACGCGCUGAUGGAAAACGGCAACCUGAACUUUGUCAAACCCGCAUGGAUUUACGCAAUCAAUGAACGACAAAAGAUGCUGCCCUAUCAACCCUACUCUGUUGUCCCCUGAACAACACACAAAUCUGUGGACAAACACACACUCAGCCUUCACAUCCUAACGAAGAAGCGGUGGGGAAAGCCAUAGACGUUUGUAUUUCUUUUUCAGAUUCACCACUUGAAGCAAUAAAAUAUUAAUUAUUGACUUUAUUGUUGCUAUUCAUGAAAUGUCCUCUCUGGUUUACAAAGCAGCAUAGUUUUCGCCACAGAUGUUCUCACCUCUUUGCCAAGCUAGGAAAAAAUAUCUAUUUAAAUGGUGUCUGUUGAGGUUAAUGUUAGGAGAAGAUGUAGAUUUAUUAUUAGCCUCUUAUUUGAAGCUUGUUCUUCUUGUCAUAGCUCGACCGCACAGUAACAUCAUCAUCAGUGUGCUUCUCAGUCUCUUUGGUCUUAUGAACGAAGCGCACACUCUCUGAUUCAGGACUUGUUUGAAUUUCUCGGUUCCUGUGCUGCAGGUUGCUGCAGCUUACUUCAGCUACCUCAGGCUCUGUCUGGAAAUGAGUUAUCACCUUGUCCUGACUGCCAGCGGCGCUGAUAAGGCUCUGACUUGUAUGACCGGGCAGACUAUUAUGAGACCAGCCCAAAGUCAGGUGGAAGGUGCCAAUUAUUUGAGGCUGUAGCCACCAAAUGCAAAAAAAAAAAAAAAAAAAAAAUCAGGGAAAGUAAAUUAGGAAAAUGAAAAAGAAGUCAUCUGUCCUUUUAUUUUAGUGAAUCCAAUGAGUGGUAAAGUGAUGGUUUUCUGUGUGUUGUUAAAAUUUGAUAAGUCUGAAUUUGUGUUUUAUCUGUGUUAAAUAUUUCAAAAGAUGGACCGGCUUGACGGAUGUGAGGACGUAAAACGGACGUCAGUACUUUGCGUCACUUGAGAUUUCCAAAAAACCUACUUAAGUCAAGUGGAACUGUCGGGCUUACCAUCUGCUUUGGUUUGCUCACUUGUCCAAAAUGGCUUGUUUAAGUUUUUAUCUUAAACUUCUUUUUUCUUACAGUAUUUGAUUAUUUUGUUUAAAUAAAUAAUAAUAAUAAUAAUUACA